GAACACACACACACACACACCUCACUUGUGGCCAUUUCUGUGUGUUCUGCAGGUGUUCCUGGCCCUAGGAGGCCCUUGGUGGCCAACCCCUUGCCCGGCCGGGAUGAACUGGGCGUCAUUCCAGGAGCUCCUGAGCGGCGUCAACAAGUACUCAACUGCCCUGGGCCGCAUCUGGCUGUCAGUUGUGCUCGUCUUCCGAGUGCUGGUGUACGUGGUGGCGGCCGAGGAGGUCUGGGACGACGACCACAAGGAUUUCGACUGCAACACCCGCCAGCCAGGCUGCACCAAUGUCUGCUUCGACCACUUCUUCCCCAUCUCCCACGUCCGCCUGUGGGCCCUGCAGCUCAUCCUGGUGACCUGCCCUUCCCUGCUGGUCGUCAUGCACGUGGCCUACCGGCAGGACAGAGAACGCAAACAUCGGGAGAAGCACGGGGAGCACUGCGCGCAGCUUUACCCCAACCCGGGCAAGAAGAGGGGGGGACUCUGGUGGACCUACCUGCUGAGCCUGCUCUUCAAGGCCGCCGUGGACAUCGGCUUCCUCUACGUCUUCCAUCGCCUGUACGAGAACUACGACCUGCCUCGGGUGGUGGGCUGUGCCGUGCCCCCCUGCCCCAACGUCGUCGACUGCUACAUCGCCCGGCCCACCGAGAAGAAGGUCUUCACCUACUUCAUGGUGGCCACCUCCUUGGCCUGCAUCCUCCUCAACCUGGGCGAAGUGGCAUACCUGGUCGGCAAGAGAUGCUCAGAGCUGCUCAGGCCACGGCGACGGAGGCUGGUGGCAGUCCCCCGGGCGGCCUUGCCCGAUGGCUUCCCCCCAUACGUUGUUCCCCAAGCCAGUCCCUCUCAGCGGGAUGACCCAUCCCCCGGCAAGGCCGACAAUUCAGCGUCCCCUCUGAUGAGCUCGGGACACUUGAGAUAAAGCUAGGGGAGGAAGGAACAGUGGAGAAGCACCAGGGCAGCGUCCAGCUGCACCCGCCCCGGUCCCCAUCGAGCCCGACCCCCCGGCCAAUGGUCUGGGAGGAGAGGGGGCCUUGGGUCGCCAACAUGGUGAGUUGCGACUGAACCUGGGUGAAUGGUCAAAGAUGUCUUGUGCUGGGAUAGGUACAAGGUACAAGUAUGACACACAGCCAUCCAGGAGAGGCUCACAGUCGAUUUUAUCCUUUCCCAUCUGCUCUCAGGGAAAUUCCUGCAGGGAAGAUCACCACCUUUAGUCUCAGCCUCUGAGCAACUGGCCAGAGUGAGAGCAGGCCCCAGGAGAGCGGAAAAGCGAUGAUGAAUGCCCCUCCUGGGUCUGCACGAGCAAGUGGUCCAGGUCACUCAGUCCCCUAGACUACCCUUUGGGCCAGGAUGAGGGAGCUGGCCACUGCUCCUCUCUACCCAUGAAGCCCGAUGGCCCGGGUUGCUUCCCUCCGGGCCUCUUGGGCACAGCUGGCCUCAGCCUUGAGCAUGUGCGUGCAGAGCUCAGGUGAAGGCUUGCUCCCACCCCUCCUCCUCUGGCUUGGGCAGAACCUGAAGCUCCAGCUGCAACCGCCCCCUCCCCCUCUGUGACUCACUCCCGCUCCCCCUCACUGGUUGUGAGGGAAGAGGGUGUUGCUGAGCUGUGGGUGGAAACUGGGACACUCCCGGGAAGCAGAUAGAGGCUGGACCAGGGGCCGAUGAUGGGGAGGAGGCUUGGGCUGGAGGCUCUGCUGGGGAGGUAAGGGACUGGGUGUGAGACAUUGCCGGGGUGAGGUGGAGGGCCAAGGGCACUGGGGCUGGGGGAAACAGAGAAGCAGGCUGGCCUAUUGAA